AUGGUGCCAAUCAUAGCGAUAUCACGUGAAGAGCAAGCUGCGCGACAAAUGCAUUUGUACCGUGGCGUUUAUCCACUGCUUUACACAGUACCAAAGAAUGAUGACUGGAAAGCAGACAUCGAUCUACGAGUAGCCUUCGGCAUGAAAGCAGGGCAAGCGCACGGUUUCAUCAAGUCGAAUGAUUUAAUCAUCAUUAUCACCGGAUGGUCUAAAGGCUCUGGCCAUACGAACACAAUGCGCAUCAUGCGAGUGCCGUGA